CUACCCUCCGCUCUCCCUUUUAUACUCUAAUCAUAGACUCUUGUGACCGAUGCAAGGCAACUUUUCUCCACAGGCGAAGCUGCACCGCGGCCACCGGAACUACCCUUCUCACAACGCCCAGUCCACCCGCAACCCCCCGCCACGAACCAAUCAGAAUUACGCCAAUCCAACACAACAACACCCCCAGCACCAGCGCACCACCGGCGGCAUGUUUGGCAAACUACGCAUGUUCGUCGAGAACGUCGCCGAUGCCUUUGACAACCCCUCGCCCACCCGCCGCGACAUGCUGGUGGACCACUGGUCGCGCAUUCAAGAGUACUAUACUCCGCAGAACCAAGACGACCUGCGCAAGCUGGAGGUCACCGAUACCACAAUCCCCUACCACCUGGAAUCUGCCCUGCGCCUGCUGGCCCUGGAGAUGCUCGAGACCGCCGACCACGAAGCCGACGGCAUCGCAAAGGAACACCUGGCCCAGCCGCUUGAGUUCGGCCCCUGCAUCGAGUACCUCUUGCAGUACCAUGUGCUGAACUCGCUGGUGGAGUUUGCCGACGCCGAUUUGCCCAGAGGCAUGCGCAAGAACGUCCUUCACUUCUUUGGCAUCUUUAUCGAAUGCAUUCCCCUGGGCCUGCUGCCAGAGAGCGCCAUCCGGCUGCCGCUGGUCGAGAUCAUGCGCCAAUGCCUGAAUGUCGUACAGACCAGCCCCACCACGCUCAUCAACCCCAUGCGCCGCCAGGAGCCCAUGGCCGGGUCCUCAACCACAGCCGUCGGCAGCGUCUACUCGUCCAUCGGCCGCAAGCAAGGCAAGCAGAGCUCAGCCACCACUAAUCGGCUCGGCCAAGGAUACCACUGCAUCCCGAAUGACAAGACCGCUGUCAUUCUCUGCCACGACCUGCUCAAGCUCGUGGUCUCGCUGUUCACACGCCUGCGCGAACACUCCAACAUGGUCUAUCUGUUUUUCGACUGGGGCAGCGAAUGGCAGACCACAGCAAAAUCCGCCGAUCUGGCUGUCGCCUCGCUGCGCACUGCCACCUCCGACUACAAGCAGCAGUCGGCCCGUGGCCACGAAAUGCUGAUCAUGCACGUCAUCGUCGAGUACCUGUUGGCACCCGGCAUGACCGGCCAGCUAGCACGCGAAGCACUGGUCCUGGUCGUCCAAGUCCUGCUGGCCCCUAAGGACAAAGACAAGUAUGUUGAUUUCCUGCUUGACCGUGCACGCAUCGCCGAGCUGCUGGUUGAGCACCUCGGAUAUCUGCACUCGCAAAUGCCCGUGUACCGCCCAAUCCCACGCACCCCCAACUCGCAGCUCUUCAGGAAUGACUAUACCGGCGGACGCACCAUGCCGCCGCUGACACGGAGAAUGCAUCCCGAGAGCGCCAGCCUGGCUGGCCGCUUCAAUUUCAAGGCGAACCUGCGUGACUUGCUCGCCAAUGAGGGCAUCAUUCGGUCUGUGGCGAAGCGCGAGCAGCGCGAGUCGGAUAUUCUGGUGUCGGCGCGCAAGAUCCUCGAACACGUCGAUGCCUUUUUCCUGUGCUGGGAGCUGCUCGACGAGCUCUGUGUUGUUGGCCAGUGCGAUUCACGGAUCGUUGCUGCUGUCCAGAGCCAACUAUCUAACGGAUUCCUGCGCACCCACAUAGAGCCCGCCCUACUGGCUACCAUGGCAUCCAUGAGCCAAGCCAACACGACCAUAUCGUAUUUGACUGACCUGAUCACCAUUACACACAGCUCUCACGUCCUCGAUGCAUUAUUCAUGGUCCUGCUCGGGUCGGACCUGGCGCCCGAGCGCGCACCGCAGGACCGGCCCAAGAAUAUGCACCUACUGUCAAAGGAGGACCAGGAGCUGCUGGAUUCAAUCGAGGAUGAGGCGCUACGUGCUGAAGCAGCAGCCCUGUUAUUGCCGCCCGGCUUUGACCUGUCUACUCUAGGCACCACGAAGAGCGACGACAAAUCAUCAGGCUCCGAGCCCAACCCACUGCGCGCAACUCUGAUCUCGUGGAUGACUUACACCGACAACACCCACCUGUCCCUCAACACCCUGCGCCUGUUCGACACCAUCCUGUCAACGAUGAACCAAUUCGCCUACACUAGCCUCGCCCUGCGCAACUUUUUGGACGAACCUGCUGGCAAUAGCCACGCUGGCACGCAAAUGUCGCCGCUGGUCGGAGCCGCCCUGCCAGCUGCUUCGGCGGCCGACGGUGGUGAUGACGAUGACGAGAAGCCCUUGGCCAAUUUGGUCCAGCCACAGGGCGAUGCGCUUGGAGAGUUUUAUUCUGGCCCGGCAAUCGGCCUCGGCAUGUCAGUGGCAGUGGACCAGGAGCUUGUGCGCGCCGUGGUCGAGCGCUUCCUGGACGCCAGCCCCAGCAACAUCUCCAAUGCAAUGCCCGAGGUGGUCGUUUCGGCUGCCAUUCGCAUCGACGAGCGUCCGAGCCCCACUAACUCGCAGUCGCCGCGGUCACCGCAGGACAGCCAGUCGCUGCCUGUGCUGGAUCAGCAGCUUGAGGCGCCCCGCAAUUUCCAAAACAUGCGCAGCAUUAUUAUGCGCGAAGCACAGGGAUGCGACGAGUACGUCCAGGACUGCCUGCAGCGGCUGCGCGUCAAUCAGGAGUAUAUCCGGAAGUGCUGGCAGAGCAAAGCCAGGUUUGUUCGCAAGCAUGCGCCUGCCCAUCACACUCAGUCUACAUCGGACAGCACAACUGGCAACACCGAGGAUGUGAGCCGCCAGAUUGACGACUCGCUCGCAGCGUUCUAUCCGGGAGGUUUCUUGGCGUCGCUAGUCAAGCAGUUCUCGCUGGUCGUCAAGCGCCAUAUGGCGUAUAGCCUGAUGCUGACAUCGAUGAUCAACAAGCUUGCUUGCAUUGCCGACCCAGCUCUGUGCGCAUAUUUGUUCUUGGCAAACAGUGCCACGCUACCAAAAACGCAGGUAACUGGCGAUGCCUCAGAGGAGACGGAGAGCAAGCCGAUUAAGCCGAUGCUGCUGUAUGAUGGUUUUGUCAGUGCUGCAGCCGACGCUUACGUGAAAUCAGAACGGGUGCCCAAAUUCUCUGCUCGCCUGGCCCGCCAGCACCGCGAGGGUGUCGAGACCGCCGUGCGGGUCGGCGCUGCGCAGCGACGUGAUGUUGAGAAGGCCGUUCAGGCAAUGCGCGCAAAUGAGCAGCAACAGCAGCAGGCUGGGUCAUUAACCAAGGCAAAGGUAGUUAAUGCUCUGUCCGAUGCCAAAAUUACUACUGGGCGCAGCUACGCAACAGCUGCCGCAGCUACACCGAAACCACAAACUAGCCAGGACCAGGUGACCAAAACCCAGUCUGCUACCGACGACCAAGACGAUACCCCUCUGGCAUUGCUCCCGUCGUCCACCAGCAGAAACGCCAACACCGGAAGCACUGAGGUCGACGAAUCUUUGAGCGGCUUGCAGAUCUCGAACGUGCCGCUGGACUCGACAAAGCCGUCGGAUAGCGUGGCGAAGCAGCGCGGGCCAGCAACACUGAAGCAGGUGGUUGCACUACUAGGUACGCCGAUCAGACGGUUUGUCCAUGGAUACAUUGUCUUGGACGAGUUUGGCAAGGAGAUGGCAGCAACAGCGCUGGCCCUGCACACACUGGAGCUCGAUCGGGCCAUGGAUCGUGUCAUGCGCGCCAAUGCACUGGGAAGCGCCUUCCUGGGCGACGUGAACCAAGAGGAAUAUGCCGACCUCCUAGACUACUAUGAUCCGGAAGAACCUGCGUACCGCCGCGCGGAGGCAGUCAAGGAGUCACUGCGUAUUGGCAGCAGCGUAAUCGACCUUAGCUCCGGACGCAACCACCCUCACCACGACCGCAAGUCGCUUGGUAUUAUAGAGCCCUCCUCACCGACCAAGGUGCGCAAGGACCGGCGACGCGGAUCGGUCAGUGGUAAGUCUGGGCGCAACAGAUCGUUGUCAAGCACAAGCGGGCACACCAGUACUCUGCUGGUUGCGCUGGAAGAGGCUGCAGUUUCGGCUCAGAACCAACAGAAGCAGCCCACUGAUGAUGGCAACGACGGCUCUGAAGGCGCUAGUAAUAUCGGCCUGGCUAAAAAGCGUAGCAGUAGCCGCCGGCGCAGCCGGCGCAAGUCAACACGCAGCGCCCAGCAGCUGCAGCAGAUGCUAGCAGCCGAUGGAUCGCAGCCUGCAGGGUCUGGCGGCAACGUAAAGCGCAAAGGAUCAUCAUCAUCACGGCGCAAGCCUCAAGGUGCUGCGGUCUCACAAUAGCAAGUCAACUUGAGUGGCAGGUUGUUUUAAUAGAUGCUAGUAUUCACGUACAUGCUGCCUCCUACAUGCAUAUCUAUAUCCUGCUGAUGCACCAACUACGAACAUUGCUGUGGAG